AACUAGGAUGCUGUGAGAUUGAUGGCCGGCUUACUCAUAGCAUUUGAUAGAGUAGAGGGAAAGAUCUAGUGAUGGAACUAGGUCGAUCCACCAACCACUGAUUUGUCGUCGAUUGUAAGUUCGCAAAUGUCAGCUAGAGAUUCAAUCUUGCCGAUAUUUGCAAAUCCAGUGAAAAGCCUCUCCUUCUACUUCUUCUCCGAAUUCGUCAUCUCACCGCUUCUUCACCCUUCGCCGCAGUCCACCACUCCAGCCACUUCAAGCUCAACAUUCUGAAGCCCACAUCUCCUGCUUCCCAUCGCCUUCGAGCUCGAAAUCUUUCUCCCUAGCUCUCGAUUUCAUCUCCAAUGGCGUCAGCAAUUGCAAGUAGGGUCUCAUCUGUAGGGGUCGUCGCGAGGCGGGAGUUAGCUUCCAGCUUAACUUCUAAGGUGCCGGUCGCAUCCCUCGCUGUUGUUGCUAGGAAGGCUUGCCUGGGUACAACCCAGCUGCUCUCGAGCACUUCAUGGCUCGCAUCCUGCGCAGGGCUGAAACCCGCCGCGAAACUUGCAACCUCGUCGUUGUCCCGCUCAGGGGUGACCCAAGUGAUGGCCACGAUUUCUGUUGGGGAUAAACUUCCAGAGGCCAAUCUAUCCUAUUUCGAUACGGAGGGCAAUGUGCAGAGCGUGAGCGUGUCAGAGCUCACCAGGGGGAAGAAGGUGGUGCUAUUUGCUGUUCCUGGGGCCUUCACCCCCACUUGUUCCUCUAAGCAUUUGCCCGGGUUUGUGGCCAACGCUGAGGAGCUUCGCAAGGCGGGCGUGGACACCUUGGCUUGCGUCUCUGUGAACGACGCCUUUGUGAUGCAGGCAUGGGCGAAGAGCGUCGGUGCCGGCGACAAAGUGCUCAUGCUGUCAGACGGUUUGGCCAAGUUUACUCAGGCUUUAGGAACAACUGUGGACUUGACGGACAAGGUAGAGGGACUGGGCAUUCGGUCGCGGCGGUAUUCCAUGCUCGUGGAUGACGGCGUGGUGAAGGUUUUGAACUUGGAGGAAGGAGGCGCGUUCACUAGUAGCAGUGCUGAAGAAAUUUUGAGCAGCUUGCAGAAGGCCAAUGCAUAAAGACCUGUACAUCUCUUUUUCUCUGGAUUUGUGUACAAGCUUUUGUUGAGUUGGUUGCGGGACGAGCAAAGCAGCGUUUGAGAACUGUGUGUAUGUAGGGUUGGACAGGUACUGGCCUGUGCGGUGCGUUGUAUAAUUUAGUAGGAUACAGUGAAGCAGACUGUUGCGAAUUGCCCAGGGACGUGAAAAUUAAGUCCUUGCUGGAAUUUUGUAAUAUCCUUGAGUGGCAUUUGCAUUACGUCUAUCUAUCCCCGUUCUUCAGAACCUGUUUCAGGCUUUAAAUCUGAGAGCGCUUGAGCAGUUUCGUUCACUGAA